AUGCAGGACGCCACAUGCAACACCACUGGCCUGCGACGGCAACGCGCCACGGCGUGCAUCCUUCGCUUUUUUCACGUGGGCCUUAUGGGGCAGGAGACCAUGGCUGCUGCAGCUGUGGGCUGCAUGGCUGUGAUGGUGCUCGGCUGCUGGUGCUGGCCUUUGCUUGUGACCAUGUUGGGCGCUGGUGGCAACGGCACUGAUAGCAACAAGCCAGCUGCUCAUCAUUUCACGUGCGCAAAUAUUGUCACUUUCACCAGGAUCCUUUGGCAGCUGAAGCCUUCAAUCGAAGCUGACCUUUGA